UCCCAUGCACGCCGCGCGCAGACAGCCCGGCCGCUGAGCCCUUUGCUUUCCGCGCGCCCUUCACCGCAAACCCGCCCCGCGGUGCCAGGCUUAGUAGCGAGCGGGGAGGGGGCGUGUCUCUGGCGGGAGAGGGCGGUGUCAGCAGCCGGCAGCGGCGUCCCCCGGAGCUGGUGCUCGGUUCCUGCCGGACGGCGUAGAGUAGCGGCGGCGUGGCCUGCGGUGCGGCUGGGACAUAUGGGGGACGCGCUGGACGAGCCUUGGUGGGAGCCUCAGCCUGGAACACAUGGUAGCAGCGACAGCAAUAGCCCAGAUCCUUCUGAUGAUGAAGAAAUGGAAAAAUCAACUAACACAAGUAAACCAGCAAAGCCUGACUCAGACUCCAAGUCCAAACCUGCUGCGUCAAAGAAAAGAAAACAGAAGAAAAUUUCUGAUAUUCUUGCAAAAUCAUCUCCAAAACCAGGUGUCCCUGAAGACCUACAAAAGCUGCUUAAUCAACACUUCGGUACUAAACGUUCAGUGAUUGAACUAGAAGAGUUAAAACUGCCAGAUUCCUGUUUCCUGCCAGCCAAUGACCUCACCCACAGUUUUUCUUCAUACCUGAAGGAAAUCUGUCCCAAAUGGGCAAAACUUCGUAAAAAUCACAAGGAGAAGAAGUCUGUGCUGAUGCUGAUUAUCUGCAGUUCUGCUCUCCGUUGUUUGGAGCUCAUUAAGUCAGUGACGGCAUUCAAAGGAGACUGCAAAGUUAUUAAAUUGUUUGCAAAACACAUAAAGAUAAAAGAACAGAUGCACAUGCUGGAGAGUGGUGUCAUCCACCUGGGUGUAGGAACACCUGGAAGGAUAAAAGCACUAGUAGAACAAGAUGGCCUUAGCUUGAACUCCUUGAAGUAUCUGAUUUUGGAUUGGAACUGGAGAGAUCAGAAGUUAAGGAGAAUGAUUGAUAUCCCUGAGAUAAGGAAAGAAACAAUUGACCUUCUGGAAAUGGGAAUUAUAAAGCUGUGCAGAGAAGAUUCUGUGAAGCUGGGACUCUUUUAAUGGUGUAACUAACAUGGAUGCAAUUUACAGCUGUAGUAGGCAACUGUUCAAUGGCUGACUGGAUUCAGUUCUUCCAUGUCUGAGAUGCUGUGUAUUACAAUGUUUGUCAGCUUCUGGCCCUCUUAUAAUAAAGCAAAGGUUUGCAUUUA